AUGUCGUCCCAUCAAAUGACGGAGCCCGCUUCGUCGGCGACGCCCUCGUUGGCACAAUCUCAGGAUCUCGAAAAGAAGCUUUCAUCCAGCGCUGGCGAUGGUGCCACCGCAGUCGGCCAUGCCGACAACUCCAUGUCCGAAAAGGAAGAGACAAGGCCCGCACCCAAGACCACCGCAUCUGUCGGCUUUGCUCCUCAGACCGCUCCCAACUACAUUCCCGCCGAUGGCGCCGAUCCGGCGGCGACACGGCCGACGCGUACCUUCUCGCGUCGCGACCGCAGCGAGAACCUCGACACAACACAUCCCUUCGGUGGUGACCUGGAACGCGCAGAGACCGAGAACCACCUCGAGCGAUUCCAGUCGCAGGCCGGCAAGGACGUCGUGAUCGUCCACUGGGAGGGCGAGAACGACAGCGAGAACCCAUUCACCUGGACGCGCACCUACCGAUGGUACCUCACCAUGCUCGCCGGUCUGCUUGUUCUCAACUCGACCUUCACCUCGUCCGCACCCUCGGGCGUCAUCCCGCAGCUCGAGGCGCAAUUCGGAUUCGGCCGCGAGGUGGCUGUCCUCAGUCUCUCCAUCUUUGUUGCAGGAUACUGUCUUGGUCCCUUGCUCUGGGGCCCUCUGUCCGAGCAGUACGGCCGUCGACCCGUGUUCAUCGGCGCCAUGCUUGUCUACACCUGCUUCAACAUCGGCUGUGCGCUCUCCAAGAACACCGGCUCCAUCCUCGUCUUCCGAUUCCUUGCUGGAACUUUCGCCGCUUCGCCGCUUACCAACUCGGGUGGUGUGAUUGCGGAUCUGUGGGACGCCAAGACCCGAGGCAUUGCACUUUCGCUCUUCUCGCUCGCUCCCUUUGCCGGUCCUGCGCUCGGACCCAUCGUGUCGGGCUUCAUCGCCGUCAGCGGCACGUCGUGGAGGUGGCUCUUUUGGGUCUGCACCAUCUUCUCGGGUGUCUGCCUCGUGCUCGUCAUCUUUACGCUGCCCGAGACGUACGCACCCAUCAUCCUGCUCAAGAAGGCGCGCAGGAUCCGCAAGGAGACCAACGACGAGCGCUACAAGGCGCCCAUCGAGCUCGUCUCGAUCGAAUGGAAGGAUCGCCUCAACAAGACCCUCCUCAAGCCUUUCAUCAUGCUGGGACAAGAGCCCAUGCUCCUCGUCAUGACUUUCUACUUGUCUUUCGUGUAUGGAGUGGUCUAUCUGCUCUUCGAGGCAUUCCCUAUCGUCUUCUCCGUCGGCCAUGGCUUCAACGCCGGAAUUUCGGGCGUCAUGUUCGUUCCGUUCUUCCUUGGUGGUUGUGCGGCCGUGGCGCUCUACGUCGCCUACUUCAACCCCAAGUACGCACGCCUUGCCGACAAGCUCAAGGAGGAGGGCGUGAACCGCGUGCCUCCCGAGGAGCGUCUGUACCCGAUCAUGCUCGCCGGACCGUGUCUGGUGAUCGCCUUCUUCUGGUUCGGCUGGACCUCGUAUCCGUCCAUCAGCUUCUGGUCGCCGAUGAUGGCCGGCAGCUUGAUCGGCUUCGGCGUGCUCUUCUGCUUCCUCGGCGUCUUCAACUACCUCAUCGACGUAUACUUGGCAAAUGCUGCCUCGGCGCUCGCCGCCAACACCGUCUGUCGUUCCGCUGCCGGAUUCGGAUUUCCAUUGUUCGCCACCCAAAUGUUCGAGGCACUUAACCCUCGAUGGGCCUCGACACUGCUGGGCUUUGUUGCGCUCGUCAUGGUGCCAGUACCAUUCCUGCUCUACAAAUGGGGACCCAAGAUCCGGGGCAUGUCCAAACACGCUUUUUAA